AUGCCAAAGUAGAGAAGAAGAAAGGCGUUUUCAAGAGGAUGUGGAAGGCUAUAAAGCGUCCCUUCUGUCGAAACAGCAGCAAAACCAAGACGAAACAAGAACGUGUCAAAAAAGAGAAGAAGAAAGGAAACGGUGGUGUCUUCAAGAGAGCACGACAGGGUGUAAAGGAUCUCAUGAGGCGAUCAAGGAUUCGUAGAGAGGUUUUCUUCAUGCGCUGUCGCCGCCGCUUCAGAGAGCGCAGGCAGCAGCGUUACCGCCACCGCCGCUGCCCCCACCACCGCUGCUGUGAACACCACCACAGCUGCCCCUUUCGCCCAUAUAUGAUUGUUUUAGGUGUCCGAGAGCAGAUCAGUUCUACGGUGCCUUCAGUCCGUGGUCCCGCCAACUACCCACAACAAUUUCGUAGUGAUCUGAUGUUAGAAGAGUGGCAGCGCAAGACACAAGAACAACAUCGCAAAGAAAAGAAGAAGGGAAUCCGUGGGUUCUUCAAGAGAACACGGAAGGCUGUAAAGCGUCCCGAGACCAAAGCGGAGGCUGUUGUGCCGGACACGCCCGUCCCGUGUGCUUCUGGCCUCCAGCGGAAGGCUGACAGAGAACAGAUCAGUUCUGAGCGGCCUUCUGUCAGUGUUCCCUCUGCCACAGAGAGCGUCAGCAUCCAGGACAAGGUGGACAACGAACCCCAAACCCAAGAACAACGUGCAAAAGAGGCACGCAAAAGAACGCCGUUGUCUGUUCCCCCAAUGUUUAAGCCGUCUGAUGAAAUAUUUAGCUCUCUCUAUGUCGAGGAGUUUGUCACACUAGGGCGGGAACGCUUCGCAGAAGUCUUCUUAGCAACCCGUAAAUCUGAUGGCCAAAAGGUUGCUGUCAAACGAAUAGUGAGAGAUUAUUGGAGCGCUUCGAAUUAUAGUAUGGCUGGCUAUAUGGAUAGUGUGAUGACCGAAGUGGCUAUGAUGUCUCUACUAAAGCAACCUCCCAUAAGCCCCUACGUGAUACAGAUGCUGGAGUGGUUUCACGAGCGGUCUGACACGUAUAUCGUUAUGGAAGACCCUGGUCCCUGCACGGUAUUGAAGAAAAUAAUGAAUCUUCAUCCACUGGGCGAAAAGAUAGCACGCGUCAUCAUGCGUCAGGCAGUACAAGCAGCACAACACUGCAUUGCCCAAGGCGUCUUUCACUGCAAAAUCAGUCCAGAAAACAUCCUGAUCAACACAAGCACUUUGGACAUCAAGCUGAUUGACUUCGGCUAUUCCAUACCAUACACUGGCAAAAAAUACUAUCGAGGUGCUGGAGAGCAUAUACCACCUGAGUACGAGCAAAGUGCUAUAACAGCAAACGUCAUGCAACUAGGGUUUCUCCUGCAUGACAUGGUUUUCAAACCUCAUGAUCGUCAUCCCCUAUACUUUGAAGUCCAUAAAAAUACUUCCGUCUCCUAUGCAUGCAAAAGCCUUGCAGAAAGGUGUGUACAGAUGGAUCAAAGUAAACGCCCUACGUUGGAGCAGAUCUUAGAGCACCGCUGGUUUACCCAAGAAUGAAAGCCGGCAGCAACGUCUAGAAGUGUCACUUCGACUGUAUGGGAGUGGCCUCUAUGGCUAACAUCAAAUGCUUUUUAAUGUCUAAUCCUCGGGUUCCCGAGGACACCGGAGGCGCAGCUCCAGUUUGGCCAUGAUGCGGGACAGGAUUGGUCAUCUUUUUUCUAUUUUUCUAUUAUUUAACUGCGUGAAUCUCAGCAGUUAUGUUAAUGUGCCAGAGGAGAACUGGCCGUCCCAGUUGAGUCUGGUUUCUCCCAAGGUUUUUUUCUCCACUUGCAAACAAGUGGAGUUUUGGUUCCUUGCCACUGGCAUGCUCACUGGGACACUGCUGACGCCGGUUAUUAAGCUAUUAAUAACAUUUAACACAUUAAUACAUUUAACUGUAACAUAUGCAUUUUAUUUACAUGUUAUGGUAUUAUUGCAAACUUUUCAUGCAUAUAGUAAUUUGCAAACUUAAUUAUUGUAAUGUAGUUUCAACUCAUCUUUCUACAUAACUAAUUGCAAUCUUCAGGAAAUUAUUUUUACAGUUAGUACUACUAUUAUUCAUCUCAUGAAAAAUUGGAUACACACUCUGUGUCCCAAUUCGAAGUCUGCAACCUUCUAAAAACAAGGACAUGGUCUUUAAAGUCCCUGUGAACCGGAUGUUGCGAUCGUUUUAUGACGUUAGAAAUUGGACAAAACUAUGCGAGCGUGUAAACACAGCGCGCUAGCAGAUUACAGCUGCGCGCACACUGAAAACACUCGUGCGUAAAUUUUAAACCUGUAGAGAUCGCAAAUCUCUAACUUGAACACAAAAACCAAGAUUAUGCACGUAAAUCAAGACUUACGGGGGGAAAUAACAAAGCCCCGAGUCAAAGUAUUGACUACACGCGCAAGUGCUACUCUACGCGUGCACUAGCUAGGAUUGUUCACGCGCGAGUCAUUUUGAAUUUGGCACUAAGGGGGCGGGACACUGUGACUUUGUGACAACAAAAUAUUAGUAAGAAAUAUUUUUUCCUACUCUGGUAGUCAAUGGGGGCAAAAUCUGUCUGGUUAUAGACAGUGUUGGGUGUAACUAGUUACUAAGUAAUUAGUUACUGUAAUUUAAUUACUUUUCCCUUGAAAAAGUAAAGUAAGGGAUUACUCUUAUUUUUUAUGUAAUUUAAUUACAGUUACUUUUGAUGUAAUUAAACUAAAUACUUUGUGUAAUAUAUGUGUG